AUGGACCCUUCUAGUAUAUAUUGGGAGAGGUAUUCCCUGGCCAGAUCGGAAAGGGAGAUAUUCCUUAAACAGAAAUCGUUACGGGAAGAGACUAAAGUAAACUUACGCUAUAAAGGGUAUUAUGGAUGUUCUGCUAAACAUCUUGCAAAUAUAGUGAGAUACCGGAAAAAAAAGAACUACAUUUUAGUAAUUAAAGAUCAGGAUAAUAGAUAUACUGACCUAUCUGAUAUUAGAAAGAUCUUUUUUACAUAUUAUCAGAAUAUAUAUUCAUCGACCAGUAAUCAUAGCCAGAAUCAAGAGAAGUUCUGGUCUCAAAUAAAACUUCCGCAAGUGGCAGAUGAAUUGCUUGAUAAGCUGAAUGCUCCCAUCUCAUCAAAGGAGAUAGAGGAGGCAAUCUAUAAAGUUAAGCUAAAUAAAGCAGCUGGUCCAUAUUUCCUUCCUGCGGAAUAUUACAAAAUACUAGUAGAAGAAGUAAAUCCAGUUCUGGAUAAGCUAUAUAAUAGUUAUUUUAUGUAUAACAGUCCAAUUUCCAAUUACUUUUCAGCAGCAUAUAUUUCUUUAAUUCCCAAAAAAGAUAAAGACUUAGAAGAUCCGGCCUCAUAUAGACCAAUAUCGGUACUUAAUGUAGACUACAAAAUAUUAACUUCUAUUCUGGCAGCAAGACUCAUGACGUGUCUGGAUAAAGUCAUCCAUCAGGAUCAGACUGGUUUCUUGGUUUCAAGAAAUUUCGCGAAAAAUAUGCGGAAAAUAACUACUUUAAUAGACUAUACUUGGAACUUAAAUAGGGAUAUUAAUAAAUAUUUCAAACAGGAUAUUGCAUUAUUGACACUGGAUGCGGUCAAAGCAUUUGAUUCCAUAGAAUGGGUGUACCUAUUUCAAACGCUUGAAAAGUUUGGGUUUAAAAAUCAGUUUGUACAGUUUGCUCGUAACUUAUAUCAGUCUCCUAUUUCUUUCAUUUUGAUUAAUGAUAAUUUAACUCCCGGAAUAAGGCUACAGAAGGGUACCAGGCAAGGUUGCCCAUUAUCCCCCCUUCUUUUCAACCUGGCUCUGGAACCGCUUGCCAUAUGGCUAAGGGAAGUUCUAGAAGGGAUCACUAUUGUUUCUUGUAUAAGAACACGGUCUCAUGCUGAAGAACGUCUCUUCAAAAACCUGUUCAGUGGUUAUAACAAAUGGUCCAGACCUGUCCCAAAUACCUCAGAUGUUGUCAUUGUGAAGUUUGGUCUAUCUAUUGCUCAGCUGAUAGAUGUGGAUGAAAAAAACCAAAUGAUGACUACAAAUGUCUGGCUAAAGCAGGAAUGGAAUGAUUACAAACUACGCUGGAACCCAGCAGACUAUGAUAAUGUUACCUCAAUACGAGUUCCUUCAGAAAUGAUUUGGAUCCCUGACAUUGUCCUAUACAAUAAUGCAGAUGGUGAAUUUGCAAUCACUCACAUGACCAAAGCACAUUUGUUUCAUAACGGGAGAGUAAAAUGGAUUCCACCCGCCAUCUACAAAAGCUCCUGCAGCAUAGAUGUGACCUUCUUCCCUUUUGACCAGCAGAACUGUAAGAUGAAAUUUGGCUCCUGGACAUAUGAUAAGGCUUGGCUUGACUUGGAGAGCAUGGAACGCAAUGUGGACCUGAAGGAUUACUGGGAGAGUGGAGAGUGGGCAAUAGUCAAUGCAGUUGGCACUUAUAAUUCUAAGAAAUAUGACUGUUGCACUGAAAUUUACCCUGAUAUUACUUAUUAUUUUAUCAUUCGGAGACUUCCAUUAUUUUACACCAUUAAUUUGAUUAUCCCAUGUCUGUUAAUCUCUUGUCUUACUGUGCUCGUCUUCUACCUUCCUUCAGACUGUGGAGAAAAGAUUACUCUGUGCAUUUCUGUACUUUUAUCCCUCACUGUCUUUCUGCUACUUAUAACAGAGAUCAUUCCUUCUACAUCUUUAGUAAUCCCAUUAAUUGGAGAGUAUCUACUCUUUACAAUGAUUUUUGUUACACUUUCCAUUGUCAUCACAGUUUUUGUGCUCAAUGUUCAUCAUCGUUCCCCAAGCACACACAAAAUGCCCCUCUGGGUACGCUCUGUCUUUCUGGAUCAUAUACCCAGAUGGCUAUUCAUGAAGCGACCCCCAGCCCCUGUGGAGGAUAUUAUCAGUCAGUAUGAUGCACCAGAUCUGAAGCUCAGCACGUCUAAGUACUGGAUGGAGACUGAUGUGGAUGAGAAGUGGGGUGAUGCCGAAGCUGAGCUCCAUUCAUGUCAUAUACGUCAUACAUCCUCCCACAACCACAAUGUCCAGCCACGAUAUGAGUAUAAUCACCUUGCCUCUGGGGGGCAGAGUCAGACCCCUCGACACAAUCCAGUAGAGAACAUUGAACCUAAUUUCUUACUAUCCCCAAGUAUAUUGAAAGCUUUAGAGGGUGUCCACUAUAUAGCAGAUCAUCUGCGGGCUGAGGAUGCAGACUUUUCCGUGAAAGAGGAUUGGAAGUACGUUGCUAUGGUUAUUGACAGAAUAUUCUUAUGGAUGUUUAUUAUUGUCUGUUUGUUGGGAACAAUCGGGCUCUUCCUCCCACCUUUUCUUGCUGGAAUGAUUUAG